AUGUUGCCAACUCUACAAUCAUUGUUUGAUCCGAUUGUCGGAUCGGUGGAGAAGGCACUAGAAGGAUUUGAAGAAGAAAAUCAAGUGAUAUUCAAUAGAGAAUUGAUAAGAGGUAUUUAUUUGUUCGGCUCACAGGUUUACUUUUGUAGGAAACAUGGAGUAUUAGAUGAAACUUAUUCCAAGUUAAAGUUUCAAACAAAAGAUGAUGAAAUAUUGGAAUAUUUGGAUGAUUCCGAUUUUGAUUUAAUAAUAGUGUGUGAUGAGAUGGUUUCUAGGAAUUUUAGUGAAGGUGGAUUGGCUGCUGAUUUGCAAUUUAAAUUAUAUUUUGAUUUACCAAUUAAAACUUUUGAUGGAAAAGAGUUGGAAGUGGAAUUUGAAGUGUCUUUGGUUAAUACUAAAUACUUUAUUUCAUUUGUGAACUAUCAUCAACCUGUGCUGUUGCAACUUAUUUGUGAGGAGAAAUUAGACGAAAGAUUUGUCAUUUACGAAGAGGAUUCAAUGAGAAGGUGGAGAAGAGAAUUUGGAAAUUAUUUUCUAAGAAUUCCAAGGCUGAAAUAUGCCUUCAUUCACGAGUUAAAUUAUUCCAUGAACAAAUCUUUUAGAUUUUGGAAUUCAUACAUUGAGAGCUCACAAACGGAUGAGACUUCAUUGAAAAAAGUCAAGAAGAAUAUCUGUCACGGUUACAGAUUGUUGAGGUUUGCUCACCAAAUCCUGAUUCAUGGAAGUGUAUCUGACUUUUCAGAAACCAAUGACUUUUACCAGCAAGUGUUUGUCAAGACGCAAAAUUAUACCUCUUGGAAGGAAUAUGAACAAGAAUAUCAGAAAUUUUAUGAUGACCUUGAAGAAAAAUUUGAAUCUCUUUGUAAUUUUAUUUUGGAUAAGGCUGAGUCCUUACUUGUUGGAAAUAGCUCAGAACUAGCUAUACUAUCCUUUUUAAGGGAAUCAAAACAAAUCACCGAUGAGUUUUUACAUAUAUCCAACACGGAUAAUAGAAGUGUUGCUGUAAACUCUUUAGAUUUUCUGUACAGAGGAACAAGUAGCUCUUCAAGAUUAUUCUCAUUAAGGGUUCACCCAUUUGACUCACUUAAAACCACAUUCGAGUUUUCACUAGAUCCUCGCAUUCAUAGAUCUGAAAAUCCUCUCCUAUAUUUCAAAAGAGAAGAUAUUCGACAAUGUAACGGAUUGGUUGUGGAACAAAUGGAAGGAACGAACAGAGCUAUUUGCCUUCCGAGACCUCAAUUACUUGAUGUGAGAGAGUUUGAAAAGAGGGUUGGAUCUGUAGAGCAAGAAAAGAUCAACGCAUUCUUAUUCAAUUCGGUCAAAUACUACAGAUGCUUCAAAAAACCAUUUGGAAAGAAUGUAAAUAUGUUUUUUGCAUCUGAUAACUGGGUACUAGCUUCCCCAGAUUUGGAUUUUAAUGACUGGAAAGAUACAAUCUAUUUGAGGAGGAAAGAUACAUGUUGGAGGAAAGAUUUUUGGGACUGCUUUAAUGAUCUAGGAAUGAAAAAUCCUACCGAUAGAACCAGUACUUUUAUGUUUUGUUGGAAUACGACCAGAAAUAGCAUUAUGUUUGUUGGUAGCAUUAAAAAUGAGACCUAUGUAGAGAAUGUAUUUGAAUAUGAAGAAACUGGAAAGAAUUUGAAUUGGGAGGUGAUAGAAAGAGUUGCAUCCUUGGAUUUGGAAAAAUGUUCACUCCUAUCAAUGAAAGAACAAAAUGAAUGGAUGUCCUCUCUUUCUCAAACUGUAAUAGAGCUUAAUCCUGAAAUUUAUGAGGGAUUGCUAUUUAUUUCUCUUGAAAAUCAUUCAACAAUUAAUUAUCAUGAAUAUAGAGCUUUUGAAAUGAAGUGCCCUGUUCAUCACCAUAUCAAAAUACUCAAUCUAACAAAUAAGAAUUAUCCUAGCAGUGAGGUUCUUGAUUCUGUUGUAAUUGAAAAUCCACCUAGAUCACUUAUUAAUUCUGACAAGAUUGACCAACACCUUCUUGAGUGUGCGGUUCUUUCCAAUUUUGAUAUCACCCAAACAAUUAGAGAAAUUAAUCCACUCUUCCAAGCCCCUUAUAAGACUGUGCUAGAGAAAUACGAAAGACUAUGUCUUGAUAUUGACUCAUUCUACCAUGAACAAAUCCAGCAACACCCACUUUCAAAAAUCAGCUCACUUUCCCUUCGCCUUUGCUUGAAUCAACAAAAAAUCCCUCAAAAACAACUCAAAGACCUUGUAUUCAGACUCAAAACUUUUGAGGAAUCUAGAAGUGAUCCAUUACUCAAAUCUCACACUUUCUUUCAACAUUUCAUUUCACUAUUACAGGUCCAACCGAAUCAGAAAAAGGCACGAGUUGAAUUACAAACAUUAAUCAAACUUAUCAAAAUCUAUGAUUCCUCAAAUACUCUGUACUAA